UUUUUAUAGCAUCGAACGCUCGCAUUUCCUGAAGUUUUUUUCCGUUCGUUUGUCACAGCAAAGUACAGUGAUUGAAAUUGGUCAAAGCCAAUGUGAAACGGGAGACCAAUUUUCGAAUUGCGCAUGAAUUUAACGGGAAAAAAAGUCAAAAUCAAAUUCAAAUUUUGUAGCAACACGAACCAAAAGUACUACGCAAUAGUGCUAACAAUACGUUCGAACAAAACAACAAACCGUUAACGGCUUUGUGCAUGUGCAUUGUGCAAACAUGAAAUUAGACAUAUAGUACUAGUAGCCAUAGCAAAGUGAAAUACGCAUCAGCCGCAGACAUUGAUUGAACAACAAUUGAAGUGAUCGGACGCAAACAUUAUUUUCGAUACAAUUUGAUUUUAAAACAUUUAUUAUUCGGUAAAAAUCGACAAAAAAGUUUUGUUUUAAGUGUACUGACAACACAAAUUUUUUUUAGUAUCGAACGCUCGCAUUUUCUUGGGGUGUUUUUUCCGUUCGUUUGUCACAGCAAAGUACAGUAAUUUUGCGUGUUUGCUUUUAAAAUUGGCCAGAGCCCUUACCAAACGGGAGACCAAUUUUUAAGUGCGCAUGAUUUAAACGUGAAAAAAAAACCAAAUCGAAUUCAAAUCCUGUAGCUAUAUGAAAUGAAAUAUGUUUUUAAAUUAAAAAUUAAAAAGAGACAAUGCGACCACGUAGAAAAUCAGUAGUCAUAGCACGAAAACAAAUUCGUGCAUCAUUAAGAGGCCUGGGAUUGUCUCUCCGAGGUGACAGCGAUGAUAGCGCAUCAAAUAGUUCAUCAAAUCGUUCGCAGAGUCGUUCGCCGAGUCAUUCGCCAGCUGCAAAACGAUCACGAAUAGAUGCCAUCAGUAAUUCACCAAGUGGUGUGGUUCCAACUCAAGCUCAAAGUCAAGCAUCAGAAUCAGUUAGUUCGACAAUGAGAACAAAUGAACAAACGAGACAACGUCGCCGAAAAGCAAAUCGUACGGGAUUUGAUCGACCAAAGAGAAGGAGACCAACAUCAAAUGUGAAUCAAGUGCCACUGAAUGCACCAAAUGCCAAUCCACAGCCAUCCACAUCGACAUCGGCAGUGGCAGCCGCAUCAACAUCAGCAGCUACAACGACAACGACAAAAAAGCCAUUGAAACGCCAAAAUGAAAUGAGAGCAAAACGAGGUGAAACACCAAAUAAAGACCUAGAACAAAAAGUUUUUCCAGACAAACAACGUCUGACUGAUUUAAUUGAACGAGUUGUGGUCAAUUCCUCGAGAAUGUUCUAAUUGGCAUCGCUUUAUGUGCACUUCAUAUUGAAUCGGUUGGUUGACAAUGGUUCCGAUGUCGAAAUUCGUCGUGAAUUUUUGGCCAAAUUCAAUGCAAACAAAUAUUUCAGAGCACUGAAAAAACCCCACUCCAUACCCCAGCAUACAUACUGGACAAUGAAUUUCGUGAUUUUCUCAUCGAAAACGACAUCGAAACCAAAUUGGAUUUCGAAAAUGCCGACCAAGUAUUAAAAUUUGCGAUCGAACAAUACGACCGAAAUGCGCAAUUAAUCGUGAAAAUGCACAUGAGACGAUACAUGAGGAGAUAUUUCAAGAAUUUGGGUGCAAACACAACACCAAAUAAAUA